UAACAGGAACAAAGUAUGGUUGUGGAGUUGGAGGCUGUGGUGCUUGUACUGUAAUGAUAUCCAUAUAUAAUCCAUUUUUCAAGAAGAUACUGCAUUAUUCAGCCAAUGCUUGUCUAAUUCCCAUAUGUUCACUGCAUGGGGCUGCUGUUACAACAGUUGAAGGUGUUGGAAGUACCAAAUCUCAAAUUCAUCCAGUUCAGGAAAGGAUUGCUAAAUGGCAUGGCUCCCAAUGUGGCUUCUGUACUCCUGGCAUGGUUAUGUCCAUCUACACUUUAUUGCAAAACUAUUCUGAACCUUCUUCAGAGCAGAUAUAUGAGGCGUUGGUGGGCAAUCUCUGCCGUUGUACUGGUUACAGGCCAAUCAUUCAAGGAUGCAAGACUUUCUGUAAAAUAAAAGAUGACAGCUGUUGUAAAGUAAAAGAGAAGGGGAAUUGUUGCAUGGAUAUAGAAGAAACAUUCCCUCUCUGCAAACAACAUGAAAUUUCCCAAAAGCUGUUUGCAGCAGAAGAGUUCCAGCCUCAGGACUCAAUCCAGAAGCAUUUUUUUCCACCUGAACUUGUGUUAAUGGCAACUGACCAGCAAAAAAUAACUCUCAGUUUCCGUGGAGAAAGGACAACAUGGAUUUCCCCAUCAAGUCUGAAGGAACUGCUAGAGCUCAAAUCCAAGUUCCCCAAAGCACCUCUUGUAGUUGGAAAUACCAUUGUUGGAACUGAGUUGGCAUUUAAAGGAGCUCUUCACCCAGUUAUCAUCUCUCCUACUAGGAUUUUUGAUCUGAACACUGUGAUUUUCGCAAAAACUGGAUUAACACUAGGAGCAACUUGCAGCUUGUCCUUAAUGAAAAAUAUAUUAACAAAAAUUGUCUCAGAGCUUCCAAGGGAACAAGUGGAGAUUUUCCAUGCCCUGUUGCAACAGUUAAAAUGCCUGGGUGGACGACAAAUCAGGAACAUGGCUUGUUUAGGAGGGAAUAUAAUCAGUCGACAUACAUCAUCAGAUCUAAAUCCCGUUCUUGCUGCUGGUUGCUCUAUUCUCAAUCUGGCAUCAAUACGUGGCUCUCGGCAGAUUCCUUUAGAUGAAGAUUUUUUGACUGGGAGUGAAAAUGCUUCGCUUGCAGCAGAUGAGAUUUUAGUGUCUGUUUACAUCCCUUACUCUAAGACGGGUGAGUUUGUUUCUGCAUUCCGCCAGGCCCAGCGCCGGGAAAAUGCUCUGCCUAUUGUGAACGCCGGAAUGAGGGUCUCCUUUGAGCCAGGCUCAGAUGUCAUUGCAGACAUCAGCAUUUUUUAUGGAGGCAUUGCUUCUACUACGGUCUGUGCAAAAAAAUCUUGUCAGAUGCUUACAGGGAGGACCUGGAAUGAACAUACCCUGGAAGAAGCUUGCAGGCUAGUCUCUGAGGAGAUUGCAGUCCUUCCUCCAACUCCAGAAGGAAUGACGGAAUACAAACAAACUCUCGCCAUCAGUUUCAUAUUUAAAUUCUAUCUCCAGAUUGUGCAACAAUUUAACCACAUGCCUUCAUUUAGGCACAGAGUUAUGGCAACAAACUAUAUGAGCAGUCUGAAGAUGUUCGAUACCACACUACCUCAAGGUUCCCAAAAGUAUCAGGAUGUUGACCCUGCACAGUUGCCCCAUGACGUGGUAGGAUGUCCCAUCAUGCAUCAUGCAGGUGUUAUGCAUUCCACCGGAGAAGCUAUCUAUUGCGAUGAUAUGCACACUGUGGAAAAUGAAUUAUUUUUGGCCUUAGUGACAAGUUCGAGAGCCCAUGCCGAGAUUGUAUCAAUUGAUGUAUCAGAAACUCUUCAGUUGCCUGGGGUGAUUGAUGUGAUAACGGUGAAAGAUGUGCCAGGUAGAAAUGAAUUCUGUUGCAUCAGUGAACCAGAAAGUUUGCUUGUGACAGAUAAGGUAACCUGUGUGGGUCAGAUAAUUGGUGCCGUGAUUGCUGUUUCUUCUGCUCACGCUAAACGUGCAACCUCAACAGUAAAAAUAAUAUACAAAGAUCUGGAACCAGUUGUUCUGACUAUUGAGGAAGCAAUAGAACGUAAGUUGUUCUUCAGUCCAGAAAGAAAACUUGAGCAAGGAAAUGUUCAAAAAGGAUUUCUUGUGGCAGAACAUAUUCUUGAAGGUGAAAUUCAUAUUGGGGGGCAGGAACAUUUCUACAUGGAAACUCAAAGUGUCCUUGUUGUUCCAAAGAGAGAAGAUAAAGAAAUAGAUAUUUAUGUGUCCUCACAGCAUCCAAGUUUUACACAGGAACUUGUGGCCUCUGUUUUAAAUAUUCCACAUAACAGGAUCAGAUGUCAUAUAAAACGGGUUGGUGGUGGAUUUGGCGGUAAAGUCACCAAACCUGCUAUUCUGGCUGCUAUCACUGCAGUAGCAGCAAAUAAAACUGGCCAUGCAGUUCGUUGUGUUCUGGAUCGAGGGGAUGAUAUGUUGAUAACUGGGGGAAGACAUCCUUUCCUUGGAAGAUAUAAAGUUGGAUUUAUGAAUGAUGGCACAAUUGUGGCUCUGGAUGUGAGGUACUACAGUAAUGCUGGAUGUACACCAGAUGAAUCUGUUACGGUAAUGGAGAAUGCAUUGCUAAGGAUGGAUAAUGCUUACAAGAUCCCCAACUUACUAUGCCAAGGAUGUGCCUGCAGGACAAACUUGCCAUCAAACACAGCGUUCAGAGGAUUUGGAUUUCCUCAGUCAGCCCUUGUUACAGAGACACUGAUAACAGAUAUAGCAACCAAAACAGGUUUACCACCAGAAAAGAUCAGAGAAAAAAAUAUGUACAAAACACUUGAUAGAACACAUUACAAUCAAGAAGUGAACCCAAAGAACUUGAUAAGAUGCUGGAUUGAGUGCAUGAAGAAGUCAUGUUUUUACAGAAGGAAGGAAGAUGUGGAAGAUUUUAAUAAGUACAAUUACUGGAAAAAGAAAGGGAUUGCCAUUAUUCCAUUGAAAUAUUCAAUAGGAUUUGAACCGAAGUUUCUUAAUCAGGCUGCAGCUCUUGUUCAUAUCUACUUAGAUGGGCAUGUAUUGGUGACUCAUGGUGGUGUUGAACUAGGACAAGGGAUUCACACCAAAAUUAUGCAGAUCGCCAGUCGUGAAUUAAAGAUACCAAUGUCUUAUAUUUAUAUCAGUGAAACGAGUACAGUGACUGUGCCUAAUACAAGACCUACAGCAGCCUCUAUUGGUACUGACAUUAAUGGGAUGGCAGUGAAGAAUGCCUGUGAAACUCUUAUGAAACGACUUCAGCCCAUCAUGGAUGAAAAUCCAGAAGGAAAAUGGAAAGAUUGGGUAAUAAUAUUACAGAAGCUUUUCACCAGAGUAUUAGUCUUUCAGCUACUGGCUUCUUCAGAGGUUAUGAUACAAACAUGAACUGGGAGAAGGGAGAAGGACGUCCGUUUGAAUAUUUUGUUUUUGGAGCUGCUUGUUCAGAAGUGGAAAUAGACUGUCUGACA